AUGCUUUCCUACUUGAUCACGUUACUGUCCUUGCGUAAUAUCGUCCUUCUCUUCUGCCUGCUCAAUGUCAAGAAUCUUCCUCUGGUGUGGGAGCUGCGGCUGUUUUACCGCGCCUGGCGAUCCUGGAAGUCCAAGCACGAAGUUGCGAGACUUCUCGAAAGAGCUUCGUCCUCGUACACCGCGCAGAAUCGAGCCCCGGCGUCCUCCCACCCGAUAUUCUUACCUCUCACAAUUAGCAGCAUAACGCCCAUGCUGGAGAUCGACCACAACCUGCACAAAUCGAAUAGCACAUACUUUAGUGAUCUGGACGAAUCGAGAACUGCUCUUAUGUUCUCCCCUGCCGAGCUGGAAAGAGAGGGUUACAAGGGUCCUUUUUCUGUCAUCUUAGGAGCUGUACAUACCAGCUUUCUGAAAGAAAUCAAGCCCUACGAGACCUACCAAGUUCGGAGUCGCAUACUCGGAUGGGAUGAAAAAUGGAUACUGAUCGGAUCCGUUUUUGUCAGACCCAAGAAUGAGAAGGAUAGAACACGAGAACGGAAAGACCUAUCUAGGAGAGCCAAAAUAUCUGGCAAGAGCGAAGACGAAUUGAAGAAAGAGCUGACAGAUGGCGGUCACGGAGAGGUUCUAUUAGCAUCGUGUCUUUCCAAGUACGUGGUCAAGAAAGGUCGAUUCACAGUCCCUCCCGAGCGUUGUUGGAGGAGUGCAGGUUGGCUGCCGGAGAAGCCUGCUGGUCAAGCUUCGCCUCCAGUUGCACUGGAUUCUUCAUAUGCACCUACACCUGAUACGGAGACUGUGAUCGGAGAGAUUAAGAUCACGGAAGACACGCUACGACGGCGAGCACAAGAGACAGCUGCUGGAGCCGCAGAGAAGCUUCGACAGGUGCAAGGUCGGGAAACUGUACAGAUAAGUCAAGCUGACGAGGCUUGCAGAAAAGCUGCUUCCCAUUGGUCUUGGGACGACAUCGAAGCCGAACGAGCACGAGGCAUGAGAAUAGCUGAAAACUGGCUGGGCCUUGACAAAGGCUUGAAAGAGCUGUGGGAAUCAGAUCGCGCUAGAGGCGUUGUCCCUUGA